CCCCCCACCACUUGGGCCAGAGACCACCCCACACCUCCUUCCUUGCCCAUUCUCCAGCCCAGAGCAGAGCUGGGACCAUCAACACCUCCUGAGGGUUUUUCUUGACUCUACAUCCUGUUGACCAUUUCAGGCCGCCCAGGUUGGUGUCCCUGCAGCUUGUCUUCACCUUCCAUGGAGCCACACACACCCUGAGCUCACAGAAAUCCAGGCCUGGAGAGAAGGGAGAAGCACACGUGAUUAACUUCCAUCCUGGCCCAGCCUUCAGGGAUUCCAGCCCCCCGACGUGUCCGUCAGGCCCUGUGUUUCUUCUGUGUCUGGAUGCUUCUCAGAAUUCACCGGAUGGCUCCUUCCACCUGGUCUUUUGCUCCAGAAUGAAUGGCAGGAGCCCACCCAAGGCUCCUGGACACCACCCACGCAAUCUCACCCUCUCGAGACCCUCACCCUCCUCACGAUGCAACCUUUCACCGGGUCUCUGCGAGCCGCGCAACCCGCCCAGGGGGAGCCCGCGUGGCCAGCUCCAAGUCACUCCUUGGUCCCGCCCCCUCUGCUCCCUGGCCCCGCCCCCACCCGUGGGAGGCUGCGCCUGCGCAGUGCUGCCGCGCGACUGCAGUGUUGGCCAUAGCCGCCCACCAGGCGGCGAGAGCGAUGGCGGAGGAGGUGAGCGCCCUGAUGAAGGCCACGGUCCUGAUGCGGCAGCCCGAGCGGGUGCAGGAGAUCGUGAGCGCCCUCCGCCGGGGCGGUGGAGACCAGCUCCAGGUGAUUUCCGAUUUUGACAUGACCUUGAGCAGAUUUUCCUAUAAUGGAAAGCGAUGCCCAUCUUCUUACAAUAUUCUGGAUAACAGUAAGAUAAUCAGUGAGGAGUGUCAGAAAGAGCUCACGGCGCUCUUCCACCACUAUUACCCCAUUGAGAUCGACCCGCACCGCACCGUCAAAGACAAGUUCCCGCAUAUGGUGGAGUGGUGGACCAAGGCACACAACCUGCUGUGUCAGCAGCGGAUUCGGAAGUGUCAGAUCGCACAGGUGGUGAGGGAGUCCACCGCGGUGCUCAGGGAGGGCUACCAGACGUUCUUCCACACGCUCCACCACGCCGGCAUUCCCCUGUUCAUCUUCUCGGCGGGCAUCGGGGACGUCCUGGAGGAGAUCAUCCGACAGAUGAACGUGCUGCACCCCAACGUGCACAUCGUGUCCAACUACAUGGACUUCGAUGAAGAUGGUUUCCUCCGGGGCUUCAAGGGCCAGCUCAUCCACACGUACAACAAGAACAGCUCCGUGUGUGAGAACUCUGGUUACUUCCAGAAGCUUCAGGGCAGAACCAACAUCCUCCUGCUGGGAGACUCCAUGGGCGACCUCACCAUGGCCGAGGGGGCUCCUGACGUGCAGAACAUUCUCAAGAUCGGCUUCCUAAAUGACAAGGUGGAAGAGCGGCGGGAGCGCUACAUGGACGCCUACGACAUUGUGCUGGAGCGGGACGAGACGCUGGAUGUGGUCAACGGGCUGCUGCAGCACAUCCUGCACCCAGGGGACCACGGGGAGCUGCAGGGCCGCUGAGGGUGCGGCGUGGCCGGGAGGGUGUCUCCCCAGGGCAGCAGGCGCUGCGGGCCCUGCUGCACCCACCGCCUGCACCGAGGGAGGCCAGCAGGAGGCCAGCGGCACCUGCUGUUCCAAAAACGAGCCAAGGGCCACUGCUUGUUCACUGUCUUCAGGUCGUCUUGUCUGGGAGGCGCUUUUAAAUAUUUUUUUAAAACAUGGGAAGCUGUUCUUUAUGAAACAGAUGAAAAUAAAAACAAACUGUUCUGAUUA